AUGACAUCAACCACACGAUAUCCACAUUCUUCACAUUCUCCACGCACAGAUCGUCCUCCAUCACCUAAUGUUGAUGAAAAUGACUUUCCUGAGCAUGAACAUGCAGAGCCUGAAAACUCGUAUGACUCAAAGAAAUACCAUCCCUAUUUAAAUGGUAUUCCUUGUGAUGAACAUGGGCAAGAUUUGCCACCGAAUUCCCCACCGCCUUCUUUUCCACCACAGAAUGAAAAUGCGUGGGCUCCUUUUGAAGAUGAGGUUCAGUUCCGCAUCGCUGACUUUCUUUUUCAGAAGGUUGAGAUGUCACAGGGAGAUAUCAACCACCUGAUGGAGCUUUGGAACCUCUCGAUGCUGGAUCACGAUGCUUUUGGGCCAUUCCAAAAUCAUGACGACAUGUACAAGGCGAUUGACGAGAUUCAGCUAGGCAGUGCACCAUGGAAGUGCUUCAUAUGCCCUCCCGAUCCAGAUCUCCCUCCAUCAGCACCCGAUUGGCAAUGCCAGUCAUACCAGGUGUGGUAUCGUGACCCUACAGUGCUUAUCGCAAAUAUGUUGGCCAAUCCGGACUUUGCAAAGGAAUUUGAGACAACUCCAUACAUUCACCUCGGACCUGAUGGAAACGACAAGACAACAGUCUCUGUAGCAACUGGAAACGUCAAGUAUCAUCCAGCCUAUAUCUCUAUUGGCAACAUCCUUAACCGUGCUUGGCGUGCCCAUCGGAAUGCUGUUAUACCUUUUGCCUUCUUAGCCAUACCUAAAUCGGAUCGCAAAUAUGACAAUGAUGUCCAGUUUCGCAACUUUAAGUGCAAGCUCUAUCACGCGUCACUGGCUGCAAUUCUCCAUUCGCUCAAGCCAGGAAUGACUACGCCAGUGGUGCAGCGUUGCCCUGACGGUCACUUUCGGAGGAUUAUCUAUGACUUGGCAGCAUAUAUUGCAGACUAUCCUGAGCAGGUCCUCCUUGCUGGUGUCAUGUCAGGCUGGUGUGUAAAGUGUACUGCUCUGGCCUCAGAUCUGGACAAGCCAGCAGGCCUAUGCUCUCGCGAACAUACAGAAAUGCUACGACAGGAAUUCAGCCAGGACAGCGGCUUCGAUGUGUACAGUUCUCAUUCGGAUAUUCAUGAGAUGCUCACAUCAGACCUGCUUCACCAGAUUAUCAAAGGAUCAUUCAAAGAUCAUCUCAUAGAAUGGGUAGGAGAGUACCUUGAGAUGACACAAUGGACUGGUGAUGACUCAAAGGCAUUGAUGAAGGUCUAUCUGGCAGCGAUAGCUGACUAUGUGGAUGACGAGAUUGUUCGCACAUUUGCUGCCUUUUUGGACUUCUGCUAUCUGGUUCGGCGGUCUGAUAUUGAUGAGAAUACACUUUUCUCAAUCUCGGAGGCUGUUGGUCGCUUCCAGCACCAUCGCAAGAUUUUCAUUACUAUGGGUAUUCGCGAUGAUUUCAACCUUCCAUGCCAGCGUGCUAUGAUCCAUUAUGUGCAGCAUAUCAUAGAAUUUGGUGUCCCAAAUGGCCUGUGCUCAUCGAUAACCGAAUCCCGUCAUAUUACCGCAGUCAAAAAGCCCUGGCAUUGUUCAAAUCGCUAUCAAGCUCUUAGCCAAAUGCUACUGACUAAUCAACAGUUGGACAAGCUCAAUGCUUUACGUUCUGAGCUCGUUCAGAGUGGUCUAAUCCCUCCUACUCAUGCACCACCUCCGGAUCCAUUCGAAACAGGCGAUGAAGACAGUGGCCCUGUUGACGAUGAACAUCUCUUAGCACAUGUCUAUCGGGCACAAACACGAGAGCGUGGUUAUCCGAGAGACAUUGAUGUGCUUGCACAGCACAUCAAGCAGCCGCUACUGACAGAGCUUACUCGCCGAUUUCUUUAUGAACAGCUGUAUGAUGCCCCGGCAGAUCUCAUCGAUAUUGACAUGUGCCCAUUCAUCAAUUCCAAUGUUUAUGUAUAUCACUCAGCGGUCACAUGCUUCUAUGCACCGAGUGAUAUAUCUGGUAUCCGUGGUAUGCAUCAAGAGCGAGUUCACUCAAUGCCAUCAUGGUAUGGACAUGUCCGUCAUGAUUGUGAUUUUGUGGUAGAGAACGAGGAUCGGGCUGGAUUCUGGGGAAUGAGCGUUGUUCAUAUUCUUUUAUUCUUUUCUUUUGUUCAUGAUGGUAUCAAAUAUCCAUGUGCACUUGUCCACUGGUUCAAGAAGCAUGGACAAUGGCCCGACACGAUAACGGGAAUGUGGAUCGUCAAGCCGGAUCAUCGGGGGAGGGACCAACAUCCAUGGGUUAGUGUGGUUCACCUGGAUUCUUUGCUUCAUGGUGCACAUCUUCUUCCAGUCUUUGGACAUCGGUCUAUGCCGCUCAAUUUCCACUACUCCUACUCUCUAGAUUGUUUCCAAGCUUUCUAUGUUCCGGUGAAUAUUGAUCAUCAUGCAAACGAAAUAGUAUUUUAA